AUGAGCUUGACCGUCGAUCUCAAGACCCCGGCCUCGGGCGCCUACAAGCAGCCCAUUGGUCUCUUCAUCAACAACGAAUGGGUCGAGGGUGUCGAUAAGAAGAAGUUCGAGACCAUCAACCCCGCCACCGAGGAGGUCAUCACCUCUGUCUGCGAGGCCACCGAGAAGGAUGUCGACCUGGCCGUCAAGGCUGCCCGUGCGGCGUUCGAGGGCGAGUGGCGCCAGACCACCCCUGCUGUCCGCGGGCAGCUCCUCAACAAGCUCGCCGACCUGACCGAGAAGAACAUUGAGCUCCUCGCCGCCGUCGAGGCGCUCGACAACGGAAAGUCGUUUGCCAUGGCCCAGGGUGAUGUUGGUGCCGUCAUCCAGACCCUGCGCUACUAUGCCGGCUGGGCCGACAAGAUCACCGGCCAGACCAUGGACAUCAACCCCGAUACGUUCCACUACAGCCGUCACGAGCCGAUUGGUGUUUGCGGACAGAUCAUCCCCUGGAACUUCCCCCUGCUGAUGCUGUCGUGGAAGAUUGGCCCUGCCCUGGCCACCGGUAACACUGUUGUCAUGAAGACCGCUGAGCAGACGCCCCUGUCUGCUCUGGUCUUCACGCAGUUCAUCAAGGAGGCUGGCUUCCCCGCCGGUGUCUUCAACCUGCUCAACGGCUUCGGCAAGGUCGCCGGUGCCGCCAUCUCCUCGCACAUGGACAUUGACAAGGUGGCCUUUACCGGAUCCACCGUCGUUGGCCGCACCAUCAUGAAGGCGGCGGCCGACUCCAACCUGAAGAAGGUCACCCUCGAGCUCGGCGGCAAGUCCCCCAACAUUGUCUUCAACGACGCCGACAUUGAGCAGGCCAUCUCCUGGGUCAACUUUGGCAUCUACUUCAACCACGGCCAGUGCUGCUGCGCUGGUACCCGCAUCUUUGUUCAGGAGGGCAUCUACGACAAGUUCCUCGAGGCCUUCAAGAAGCGCUCCCUCCAGAACAAGGUCGGCGACCCAUUUGAGUCGGACACAUUCCAGGGCCCCCAGGUCUCGCAGCUGCAGUACGACCGCAUCAUGGGCUACAUUGAGACCGGCAAGAAGGAGGGUGCCACCGUCGAGACCGGUGGUGAGCGCCACGGCGACAAGGGCUAUUUCAUCAAGCCUACCAUCUUCAGCAAUGUCACCCCCGACAUGAAGAUUAUGCAAGAGGAGAUCUUUGGCCCCGUCUGCGCCAUUGCCAAGUUCAAGGACGAGGCCGAGGCCAUCAAGCUCGGCAACGCCACCUCGUACGGUCUCGCGGCCGGCAUCCACACCAAGGACUUGAACACCUCCAUCCGCGUGGCCAACGCGCUCAAGGCCGGUACCGUCUGGGUCAACUCCUACAACUUGUUGACGCCCCAGGCUUCGUUCGGUGGCUACAAGUCCUCCGGCAUCGGGCGAGAGCUCGGCGAGGCGGCGCUCGCCAACUACACAGAGCUCAAGACCGUCCACAUGCGGUUGGGCGGCCACAUGUUCUAA